AUGGGCUCCUUGCUUCUUAGCACUCUGCUUUGCUUUGCUGAUAUAGCAGCAGCCAAUAUAUUUGAGUACCAGGCAGAAACCCAGCCUCUUCGGCCAUGCGAACUUCAGAGGGAAAAGGCCUUUCAGGGAGGCGAAGGUUAUGUCCCUCAGUGCUUGGAAGAUGGCCAGUUCAGGAACAUGCAGUGUGAUAACAAUCACCUCUCCUGCUGGUGUGUAGAUGACAAAGGAGCCGAGGUACCAGGUAGCAGACAGACUGGAUCUCCCAUAGCUUGUUUGUCCUUCUGCCAGCUGCAAAAGCAGCGGAUCCUGGUCAGUCGGUACAUCAACAGCAGCACAACAUCCUACAUCCCACAAUGUCUGGAUUCUGGUGAUUUCGACCCAGUACAGUGUGACAUGGGUCAGGGGCAGUGUUGGUGCGUGGAUGCUGAAGGCAUGGAAAUUUAUGGCACAAGGCAGAGAGGGAAGCCAAGUCAAUGCCCUGGGAAAUGUGAGAUCCGAGAUCGUCGCAUUCUGCAUGGUGUUGGGGAAAAAAGCCCACCCCAGUGCUCUCCUGACGGGGAUUUUCUGCCUGUUCAGUGCAAGUUUGUCAACACGACGGACAGGAUGGUCUUUGAUCUCAUUCACAAUUUUAACAGAUUCCCAGAAGCAUUCCUGACAUUUAGUUCCUUCCGAAGUUUGUUCCCAGAGGUCUCUGGGUACUGUUACUGUGCUGACAGUCUGGGGCGGGAACUAGCGGAAACAGGUCUGGAAAUGUUGCUUGAGAAUGUCUAUGAUACAGUUUUUGCUACCCUGGAGCCUGCUCAGACGUUUACUGAAACCACCAUGUUUAGGAUCCUGCAAAGGCGUUUUCUGGGAAUACAGCUGGCUACAUCUGGCAGGUUCAGAUGCCCCUCCAAAUGCGAAAUGGAGAGAUUUGCUGCUGUUCGUUUCAAACACAGUUAUACACCAUUGUGUGAUGAUACUGGAGCCUAUGAGGCAAUACAGUGGCAGCUGGACGGACAGUUCUGGUGUGUGAACAGCAAGGGGCAGGAGCGCCUGGGAACAAGGAAGCAAGUGCAGCGCCCAGACUGUGGAAAGGAGCAGACUUGUGUCUCUGAGCGGCAAUGGUCUCUCUCCAGGCUUUUUUAUGGACACAAUGGGCGCUUGGACCAGCAAGGUUUAUUCUCUCCUGCUCAAGAGCCCCAGAAAAUAGCCAGGUUUUCAAGAUCUUGUCCUCCUUCAUUCAAGGAAAUGUUUGUUGAUUCUGGCUUGCUGUCACCCAUCCUCGAAAAAGCAAGUGCUUCUCAGCUACCCAUGCUUGAAUCCGUCUUUAGUGAAGCCAUUGGAGGAAUGUUUCCUUCAAGAGAACUCGCUCAGGUCGCCCUUCAGUUCACAAGCAAUCCCAAGCAGUUCCAAGAAAACCUUUUUGGGGGGAAGUUCUUGAAGAAUUUGAUCCAGUUUAAUUUCACGGGAGCCCUUGGCACCAGCGGCACGCUUAAUUUGGACCGGUAUUUCCAGCAGGUAGGGUUAAGGAAUGGAUUUGCUGAACUGACCCAGCAGCUCUCCUUGGAGGUACCAACGUUCAACCUGAGCCAACCUCUUGUGGACACUUUUGGGCGUGUGGUCACGUUGCAGGACAAUCAGAACGUGCUCAAAUUUCUGGCUUCCACCCUUGAAAGCCCAGAAUUCUUCACUUUUUUGUGGCAUGUGAUUUCUGUCCCUGAAAAUAUCGCAGAAGAUUUAGCAGAUGUUGUGAAGAUUGUGUUGCAAUCCAAAGACUGCACCAAGCAGGAAGAAGAUCUAUUUGUCCCACAAUGCACUAAAGAGGGGAGGUAUGAAGAAAUCCAGUGCCACCUGGGGGACUGUUGGUGUGUGGACUUGGGCGGUAGGCAAAUCCCUGGCUCCAGAGUCCGCGGCAGACUCCCGAGGUGUCCCACGACCUGUGAAAAGCAAAGGGACAGUCUGCAACUCUUGAAAAGCAGCCAGCCUGCAGGUACGGACCUGUAUGUUCCCACCUGUACCCAGGAUGGAAGAUUCCUGCCAGUCCAGUGCCAUGGACGAAACUGUUUCUGUGUCAGUAUGGAAGGCAGGGCGAUUCCUGGGAUAGAUGCAAGUACAGACCAGCCCUUGCAAUGUCCAAGCGAUUGCCAGCUGGCAGGUGGUCAGGCUUUUCUGAGAACUGUGCAGCAGCUCCUGUUAAAUCACACUCUCCUGCCUCAGUUCUCGAGCGUUUACAUCCCACAAUGCAACCUUGAUGGUCAGUGGAGGAAGGUCCAGUGCAAUGGCCCUCCGGAACACGUUUUUGAAUGGUACCAAAAGUGGGUCACCCAGAAUAAUAAUGGCAGGCCUCUUCCUUUCAUGGAUUUGGUGACCAUACUCCUUGACUAUAAAGAGAGAUCUCAGCAAAGCUUUGAGGACUUCGUCAGAAUCCUCUAUGAAUCAGGCCACCAGAAUAUCUUCCCAGAGUUCUCCAAAUAUCCUUCCUUUGAGGCUGUUCCUCUGGAAGUGCUGGUGGGCAACAUGACCGUAGGCACAUCAGAGAACAUCUUGCUGGAGCCAUUCACUUUCUGGCAACUUCUUCAGGGACGUCUCAUUCAUUACCCAGGGCCUUAUAGUGAUUUCAGUCUCCCACUAGGACAUUUUGACCUUCGCAAUUGCUGGUGCGUGGAUGAAAAGGGAGAAAUGCAAGGAAGCAAAGCGGAAGUGGACAAGGUUCCAGAGUGUCCUGGACUCUGUGAAGCCACCAGGCAAGAAGCUCUGAAGUUUGUCAAUGAGAUGGAACAAUUAAUCAGGGCUUCCAACAGCUCCCACAUUCCUUUUGGGCAGAGCUUUUUAAUAGCCAAAGGGAUCACGUUGACAGAUGAUGAGCUCCUGAAUUCUUCUCAGCCAGAGAUUAAGUUUUCAAAGGAAUUGUUGACAGGCAGCAAUUACGCCAUCCGAUUGGCUGCGCAAUCCACCCUUCAUUUCUAUCGGAAGAAUCUCUUUGUGGCAAGUGACUCUGCAGGAGAAGCUGUGCACUUGGGAUUUCAACCUUAUAUCCCCCAGUGUGAUGGGCUGGGGAACUGGGACCCUGUCCAGUGCUAUGAGAGCUCAGGUCACUGCUGGUGUGUGGACGAGAAAGGACAGUACAUAUUGGAUUCUCUGGUGACACGCUCAGCUCGCCUGCCCCAAUGCCAGACAUCAUGUCAGCGCUCUUGGACAAACACGUUGAUUUCUAGCUGGAGACAGAAUGGAAUGAAGGCUAAUGCGACUCCAUCAAGCUUGUUUACUCCCUCCUGUCUAAAGACCGGCGGCUAUGCCAUGCUACAGAAAUCAGACACACAGGCCUGGUGUGCCGACCCUGUGUCGGGAGAAGUACUUCAACAGAGCAGCAUCGAUUCCAGUGGCAGAGCUCAAUGUCCCAGUUACUGCAGCCUGGUGAAGUCCAGAGCUCUCUUACGUGAAAUGGGGAGCGGUUAUAUCCCUCAGUGUGAAAAUGACAGUGGGACAUUCUCAUCCAUGCAAUGCAGUGAGGACCAGGAAAGUUGUUGGUGUGUCUUUGAAAAUGGAGUGGAGGCACCUGGGACCCGAGUCAGUGGCAAGAAGCCUGUGUGUGGACGUCCUCAAUGCCAAUUGCCUUUUGCCACCCCGGAUGUGACCAAUGGAGGCCUUUUCUGCAGUAGCACCUCCACUGCCACUCCAAACACUCAGCAAUGCGAAGUGAUUUGCUCCCCAGGUUUCCACAGCGUGUUUUCCAGAGGGGAAAUUCCACUGGUCUGUGACACGGCAAGUCACCUCUGGCUAGAAGACGUACCCCACUCUCAAACUUGUCAGAAGCUCCAGCCAUUCCAGAGUGUCCAGACCCAAGCUCAGUUUGAGCUCCUGUUGCCUCCUGAGAAGGCCUGCAGUCCGGACUACUCUGGGCUACUAGAGGCAUUCCAGAUCUUUAUUCUGGAUGAGAUGAAGGCCCGUGGCUUUUGUCAUCUUCAGGUAAAUGUUUUUGGACGGCUGGUCUCUGCUCCUGUUUGUGGCGAUUCUGCUGUAGUGGUCGAAUGUUUGUCUGCAGAUCGUCUGGCGGUGAACAUCACAUGGAGAUUGUUGCUUGAGGACAUCCCAGCAGCUUCACUUCCCGAUUUAAGCAACAUUGAGAAAGCAAUGGUUGGCGAAAAUCUCAUUGGGCGCUUUGAGGCACUGAUCAGGAGUGGUGGCUUUGUCCUUCAUUUGGAUUCCAAGCAGUUCCAAGCGGACACUUCCAUUCGUUUCCUCAGCGAUGGAGGUUUCAACGUAUCUCCCAGAGUUCAGCUGGGAUGCAAGAGUGGUUUCAGGAGGGUUUCAGCUGCUGGAGGAGUGUCCCCAAGUCGCCAAGGAUGUGUUGUUUGUCCUCCAGGCACCACCUUCCAGAAGGAACAGUGCAUUCCGUGUCCCUCUGGAUUCUAUCAAGACCAGGCAGGAAGCCUCUCCUGUGUCAGAUGUCCUUUGGGGAAAACAACCUCCUUCACUGGAGCUUUCAGAGCUGAGCAUUGUGUCACAGAUUGUCAGAUGGACGAACGAGGUUUGCGGUGUGAUCAAAAUGGCCAGUAUAGACCAUCCUAUGAAGACCCUACCACCAAAAGGUCCUCCUGCGUGGAUAGCCUUGGAAAGAUCUUGGACUGGACUGAAACUGAUGGCCUGCUUACAGAUGCCCAGUGCUUAGUUCUUAGGCGUUUUGAGAGAGUCCCGGCUUCCAAGCUCUUCUUCACAACAGAAGUGAUAGAGAGUGUUGGAUCUCAAGCCAUCCAGGCAGAACCUGAGAGUGUGCUCCAGCAGUGCCUCGCAGAGUGUGAGAAGGAGGAAUCGUGUGGGUUUCUUGCAGUGUCAGUUGCCGGGACGGAAACACUGUGUGAGCUGUACAGUGCUCGGGAAAGCAACUACAAUUGUUCUGCUUCUGGACUGGUUCAGGGUGUUUGGGACAAUGCCGACACCACCAGUAUUGCACACCUCAGCUGCCUGAUUAAAGUGAGAAGCCAAGAUAAGGAUGCAGUGAGAGUGUACCUGAAAAAAGGACAAGAAUUCACUACAGCUGGAGUCAAGACCUUUGAGAUGACUGAUUUCCAGAAUGUUGUUUCUGGCGUGUAUCGCAAUCUGGUCCUCUCGGCAGCUGGUACAUCUUUGACUGAUGUUCAUCUCUUCUGCCGCCAGGCUUGCAGCCAAGAUGCUUGCUGCGAUGGCUUUAUCUUGAGCCAGAUCACACUUGAUGGAGGUAGCAUCUUAUGUGGGCUCAUCAGCUACCCAGAUGUAUUAAUCUGCAACCUUAAGGAUUGGGACAGAUCUGCAACACGUGCAGGAGGAGACACAUGUCAAAGAGUGAAGUACAAUGAAGAAAAUAAGCAGUACACAUUCAGGCUGGGAGGCCAGGUGCUCACCGGAACUACUGGGCUCAUAAAAGAAGCGGCAAACUCUUUCACCAGCUUUCAGCACGUUUAUCUAUGGAGAGAUUCUGAUCUGAUUACCCGGACAAGGUCCAGUAUUUGUGAUGCUUCUGUGGCUCCCACACAGACCAAACCAUUGCUGCCAGAUUCUGCAGCGAAACUCUUCUCUCCAGUGGAAAGUGGCCAAAUUCUGAUCGACCGAAAUAGUUUCCUACCAUCCCAAGAGUAUUGGCUCUUCAAGAACAGAUACUCCGCAGAGCAAGCCCUUCUCUGGUGUCUUGCACGUUGUGUGGAAGAUGAGUUCUGCCAUCUGGCAGACAUACCAAACGUCACGACUGCAUUGUACUUCCCCUGCACCCUCUAUCCUGCGGCCCAGAUCUGUGACAAUAUCACUAACAACGUUCCUGAGAAGUGCAACAUGGUGUUACCUCAGAAACCGCACAUUUUGUAUCAGAAAACAGUCUCUCUAGAAGGGAGUGUUGAGAACUUCUACACCCGCUUACCGUUCCGUAGGAUUUCAAGAGCCUCCGUGAGAAACAAGAUUGAUGUGUCAGGGAAAACUGUAUCAGAGGGGUUUUUUGACUGUGAACGUCUCUGCGAUGCCGAUCCAUGUUGCACAGGGUUUGGGUUUAUGAAUGCUUCCCAGGCAACAGAUGGCAAGGUCUUGUGCUUGAUUCUGAACAGUUUGGGAAUACAGACCUGCAGUGAAGAACUAAGUGGUGACUGGCAGGUUUCAGAUUGUACGUCUCUGGAAACAGGAGCCAGAAUCCAUCCCUUUGGCUGGUAUCAAAAAGCAGCAAAUGCUCCUAGUGUGUGCCCACCUGUUCUUCUAUCAGAACAAGAAAAUGUGACUUUGGACAAGUGGCAGCGUGUUGAUGAGACCUCUGUUCUAGUUGAUCCUUCCAUUUUAAAAUUUGACAUCAUGCAUGUCAGCAGAGAUGUUUCUAUUGAUUUUUCGGCCAUCCAAGACAUUUGCCUCUCAGUCUGUUCAAAGGACAAAUCCUGCUUGGUAACUACUCUUGAAGUACAGCCUUCGGCAAUACGCUGCAUGUUCUACCCAGAAACCCAGAGCUGCAGACUUGACCUCCAAGGCCAUUCCUGUCGACUUUUGCUCAAGGAAACAGCUACAUAUAUCUAUCGCAGGCAAGGUGCAUUCCUGCCUAGAACUGCAAUGAGUGACACCAUAUCUAUAAACAUCCCAUCGCAAGGAAUUUUAUUUGGCACUUCUAAAGCCAUUCAAGUGGGAUCUGACUGGAAGAGGAUCGACCAGUUCCUUGGGAUUCCAUACGCAGCGCCUCCAGUGGCAGAAAACCGGUUUCGUCCUCCACAGCCUUUUGUCUGGGUGGAAUCUUGGAAUGCAACCACAAGUCGGGCUAGUUGCUGGCAACCCGGAGAUGGAGAGGUCAGCCCCUCAUCUGUCAGCGAAGACUGCUUGUAUUUGAACAUCUAUGUCCCAGAAAACACAGGUGGAAAUCUCCCGGUGUUGGUGUUCUUUCACAAUGGUGAGAGUGGCAACGAUGACCAGCCCAGGACAGCCGUUGACGGCUCUUAUCUAGCGGGAGCUGGAAAUGUCAUUGUUGUCACUGCAAGUUACCGGGUUGGAGUCUUUGGCUUUUUCAGUACUGGUUCUGAUGAAGCAAGAGGAAACUGGGGCCUUCUGGACCAGGAAGCAGCUCUGAAAUGGACACAGAAAAGCAUUGCAAGUUUUGGAGGAGACCCUGUUCAGAUAACCAUUGCAGCGGACCGGAGUGGAGCAGAUGCUGCCAGCAUUCACCUGAUUGCGGGGGCUGUUGAUUCGGGAUUUUUCAAGAGGGCGUGGCUGAUGGGAGGAUCUGUGUUCUCUCCAGUGUCAGCACUUAGCGAGGAGAAAGCACGCGCACAGGCUGCUGUUUUGGCACGUGAAUCUGGCUGCCCUUCAGCCAGCAGCAAAGAGACUGUAUCCUGCAUCCGCCAGUUGCCUGCUAAAGUUCUCAAUGAUGUACAGACCAGGCUCCUGGCUAUAAGUGGACCAUUUCAGUACUGGAGUCCAGUGGUCGAUGGAGCCUACCUCCAGGAGCCUCUCACAGCAGCCCUGCAACGUUCUCAACCUCGCAAGGUGGAUCUGCUUAUCGGAAGUGCCCAGCAGGACGGGCUGAUCAGCCGAGCCAAGGCAAUUAAGCGAUUUGAGGCAAUCCAAGGCCGUGCCAACAGCAAAACCAUCUUCUAUCAGGCUCUCCAAAACUCUUUGGGGGGAGAAGACUCCAAUAUUGCUGUGCUGGAUGCAGCCACCUGGUUUUACUCCCUACAGCACUCAUCCACCGAAUAUGCCUCGUUCUCCAGGGCUUUGGAAAAUGCCACUCGGGACCACUUCAUCAUUUGUCCCACAAUAGACAUGGCCAGGCACUGGACUGGUAACAAAAGAGGAAGGGUCUUCCUGUACCAUGUCCCAGAGAUAUCUUCCUUGAGCAGUUCAAGCCUGGAGUUCUUGCCAGAUGUUCAGUAUGGAUUUGGGCUGCCCUUCCAUCCUCAGUAUGAAAACCAGUAUACCCUAGAAGAGAAGACCCUUUCCUUGGCCAUAAUGCAGUACCUGGCCAACUUUAUAAAAUCUGGAGAUCCAAACCGUCCUUAUACAUUUUCAAGAAAAAUCACCGGAAUUACAUCACCUUGGCCCCUGUUCCAAGCAGACACCGAUGGAGAUAAUUAUAAGGAAUUUACCUCUUCCCUAGAGAACCGUAAAGGGCUGAAAAAAGCAGAAUGUUCAUUCUGGUCCGAUUAUAUCAGAACACUCAAAGCUUCUACAACCUGCAGAAGAGAGCUGCUGGCCACAAGCAGGCCCGGCGAGGAAUUGGCUGUGGCAUCUAUUUCUAAAACCACUCAGAAGAAGCCUCUGGAAGACAAGGUGGCCUACAGCAAAUAGAGCAUUGUACUUCAGUCUCUUUUGGGUUGAGUGGGCAAGCUAAAGCUAAGAGGGAGGAAAAUCAGUUUGCUCUAUCAUACUCAGCAUAUCUGUGUGGAUUACUGUAAUUUCAGUUUUGGUUGCUGCCAAUCAAGUUAGGCAAAAUGUGGAAGGCUGUAGACAUGCUACUUUUCAGCGGAGCAAACAUAUAGAUCAGCAAGGCAUCAAAUUGCUCAACUUGUUUUCCUUGCAUAUAAAUAAAAAUAUGGCAAUUACUUCAGGAUACAGAAACCAAAAAUACAUCUUUGUGUAACAGGCUCAUAAGAAAAGUCACUACCUGUUAAUGCAAUAUGAUUUAGAUAAUAGGAAAUAAUUUGUAUGGAUAAACAUGAUCUUGCU